AUGGACAACCUGCAGGAGACCUUCCUGAGCCUGGAGGAUGGCCUGGGCUCCUCUGACAGCCCCAGCCUGCUGUCCUCCUGGGACUGGAAAAACAGGGCGAGGCCCUUUGAGCUGGGUCAGGCCUCCCCCUCCCAGAGCCUUUCUCCAGUUCCGUCACUGGAGUCCUAUUCUUCUUCUCCCUGUCCAGCUGGGGCUGGGCUCCCCUGUGGGCAUGUUGGGGCCAGCAAUGGGGGCAGCAACGACUGUAGCAACCAUGGGGCCGGUGGCCUAGUAGAGGUGGACUAUAAUAUGUUAGCUUUCCAACCUGCCUACCUACAGGCUGCUGGUGGCCCCAAGGCCCAGAAGGGCCCCAAAGUCAAGAUGUCUGUGCAGCGGAGACGGAAGGCCAGCGAGAGGGAGAAGCUCAGAAUGAGGACCUUGGCUGAUGCCCUGCACACCCUGCGGAAUUACCUGCCACCUGUCUACAGCCAGCGAGGCCAACCCCUUACCAAGAUCCAGACACUCAAGUACACCAUCAAGUACAUCAGUGAGCUCACGGACCUCCUCAACAGCGGCAGGGAGCCCAGGCCCCAGAGCGUGUGAGCUCUGCUCCAGUCCCCUGGGUGGGAGUAGAACAGCUUUAAAAACCUGGAGUGUCUCCUGGGACAACAGCAUAGAAUUAUUUGUGUGUAGUUAGUGCGGUAAUCUUGUUAUCUGAGAAGUUCUGAGGGAUUCUCUUCUGACUUGGAGCAGCCAAAACACCUACCUGCCAGACAACAGAGACUAUUGCUUCCAGUUUUUCCCA